AAUUUUUCUUACAUCUUAAAGUGGUAGUUUCAUGUAGAAUUUACUGUUUGCACUUUUGUCACAGAGCAGUUUUGUUGUUGAACUAGAGUCUAGGUAGCAGGAAGAGAAAAAUAUUUCAGGAUACUAAUACUAAGUAAGCUGGCAACUACUUUGUACUUUCCCAUUUUUCCUGAUAUGCUUCUUAUCACAGAGAUAUUCAUAUGUGUUGUCCAACAGCAGGCCUGCAUAACCUGCGGCAGCUGCUUACUGCCCACUGACCUGUAGGCCAAAGGAUUUCCUCCACAUAUAAAAGAUGUUUUCCAUUGCAUUUUUUGCAGGCCACUGAAAUCUUUGGCAUUAGCGCCAAGCCACAGGUUGUACAGGCCUGCCCUACAGGUAGUCCUCUUGACAGUCUAGAAGUAGCUGUAUUUAAUUCCAGAGAAGCCUAUUCCUUUGUUGGUGAGGGAGUGAGGACUUUAGGAGCCGUAUGUUGCUCAAGCCUAUCCCCUUCCCCAAACCACUUCUUGUUAUCAUAGUUCCAGUCUUUGGAAAAUAGAAUGUGUUGUUUGUGGGGACAGGGUUGGCAGAGUAUCACAUGUACAGACCCCUUUGGGUUUUUUGGAGGGGGGGGGUUCUGCCCUGGACCAUUCGGAUUGGGAGGAGGGCUGGAGUUGCCCUGGCCCUUCUGACAAACUUGAGUCAAGCCAGAUCUGUACCCUGUCUAGAGCAAGAUUCCCAAUUAUUGUAGGAGUGGUACUCUACCCUAGGUUGUAGGGAAGUGUUCUAGAGUAGGAAGGGACAAAUUAAGCUCUGGAGAAAUGAAAUGAGUUGUCCACUUACUACAUGUAUAUCCGCAGAGAUAGAACCAUGAAUCCGUUCUCCGGUCAGUCCAGUCCCACCCUUAUCCUGGGCCUACUGUGGGCUGGGAACAGUGCAAAGAUCCUGUCUUCAUUCUUGGGCCACAGUGAACUUUCCUGGGAGCACAGGGCAAUGGAAAUGGGAGGGGGCUGGGGGUGGGGCCAGCAGUAUUAUCAGUCAGCACCAGUCAAGUUACAAAUGAGAGAGUGUAUAGUUAAGAGUGACUAAAAGGUCAGUACAACUUCAGCAGAAAUUAGAUCCACAUAGAAGCUUCCAAGGCAGGGGUUCUUGAGACCCAUGAAUUUGUUUUUCAAUAUAGUUUGCUAUGCAAUCUUCUGUAUUUUACUUUAUGCAUUUUAAAGCAUUCUGAAGGGGUUCAUAAGCUUUACCAGACUGCCAGGAGCAAGGUGAUAGGCACAUGACCUGCAAUUAAAAACCUCUGCCCUAAAAACAUUGCAUUUUACCCCACCCUGAGGCUCAUCUUUAUCUCUCUUCCUUCCCACUGUUCCUAGCCCCUCAGCAAGAAGUAAACAGGAAUGAGAUUGUCUCCUGGAAUAGUCUAGGAAUCUGGACUUCUGCCCCUGGGGCAGUCUGCCCUGAUAGCAAGCUGGGGAUUGGGUGAUAAUGGGCUAUCAUCUGUUCAGCAUGUGGGAAGUUUUCUUUUUCUCCCCUUCUAUGACCCUACCCAACUGCAGGGACAAAUGUGGUAUAAAUAGAGCUAAGAUUAUAACCCCCUGCUGGGACAGGUGCAAGUGCAGAUGGCUGUCAGCCACUCCCCAAAUCCUCAGGAAGCACUGCAGUUGGCAAGACUUUGUCCCUUCGCUGAGCUUAAGCCACAGAUCCAGGAGAAUCUUGGCUCCCUUGUCCACCAGGUUCAAACACAGGUACUGAGCAAUUGUUUUCAGAGUGCUUUUAGAAACUUCCUGACACCCUCUUCUUUCUUCUUACAGAUUAGUGGUGAGAGAGCUGAGGACAAAGUUCUAGGAAUCCAACAUGGAGUCCUUGAUCCUGGAGGCUGGAGAGGUGACCCUGGACUGGGUCCCCAAGAGACUGUGGCCUUGGAGAGGCAAAAGUUAGCAGAAGAAAAAAGGAAGAAACUGGAGACUUUCAAUAAUGCCAGGAUUAGGCUUGACAGUCUAGCUGACUUGGAGAAUUUGGUGCAACGGCGGAAAGAAAAGCGCCUGAAACGGAGGGUCCCCCCCAAGGCACCUGAGCCCCCAGUUCAGCUACAGCCUCCCACCGAACUGCAGCCUGUGGACCUGGAGACAUUUCUGAAGGCAGCUGCUGAAAACAAAGAGCUCCUGAUUGACAAAUACCUGGCAGAUGGUGGUGACCCUGAUGCCCAUGACAGGUUCCACCGAACAGCCUUACACUGGGCUAGUCUGAAGGGUCACAGCCAGAUUGUGAAUAAACUACUGGAGGCGGGUGCCACAGUUGAUGCUCGAGACAUGCUGGAUCGGACACCUUUGUUCUGGGCCUGCCGUAGAGGGCACCUAGACAUCCUUAAACAGCUGCUCAACCAGGGGGCUAAAGUCAAUGCCCAGGACAAGAUUUGGAGUACACCCUUGCAUGUGGCUGUUCGAACAGGACACUGUGACUGCCUUGAACACCUUAUUGCUUGUGGGGCCCAAAUUGAUACACAGGAUAAGGAGGGAGAUACAGCCUUACAUGAGGCAGUACGGCAUGGUCGUUACAAGGCCAUGAAGAUGUUGCUGCUCUAUGGGGCCAAGCUGGGUGUUCGUAAUGCUGAGGCAAUGACACCAGUACAGCUAGCGCGAGACUGGCAGAGAGGAAUCCAAGAAACACUACGGGCCUAUGUUGGGCAUCCCCGAACUCGCUGCUGAUGACAACAGACUUUGUAGAGGCUACCACCAUUCCAUCCCCUUCCUUUUUGUCCCUUCUUGUCUACAGGUUAUGGGAUAGCUCAGGUGGUCAGGCCACAAGUUGAGAUUUUCCCACGUCCCUUGUCCCACUGGGUUAUUCUACUUUACUAUGCAAGGUUAAUUCCUUGGCCUUUUGUCUCUUUCCCCCUCUCCUCCCUUCAAUUCCUAGUGAUCUAUAUAGUAGGGAAUAUUGAUCCAGAUUAUUUUCCUUGCCCUUGAAUUCAACUUUUCACCCACCCUGGUAGCUACCUCAAUGUUGAGGGGAAAAAAUCCUGUUAGAGAAAGCAAGGUCAGGAUUUGGGAUGGAUGUUAUGUUAAGCACACAUGUAACUCUAAGGGGUGUUCUAUUUGGUUUGAGCUGGUCAGAAACAAGCUGUUCAGGUCAGUAAAGAGAUUAUAAAUUUGUAAAGAAGGUAGAAGAGAAGAAACUCUUAAAGUUUAAGUCUUGUGGGUGGUAGCAGUAAAGUUUAAGAUACUCAUGAAAGUGAAGUUAGGAUUAAUGAAUACUGGAGAGAUGGGAAUUGUCUGGUGGUCUAUCAACCAUGGUCCCACAAAAGCUAUUCAGAAGCAUCAGAACCAGAGAACUGUGCUCCUCAGCUUGUGGCUGACCUAAACUGUAUUACAGCUUAUCUAGGGACUCAUGCCCUGAGGGGGUAUGGUAUAGCUUUUCUUAAGAAAUCUUGAGUUGGUUGUUGUGACUUUUGCAGAGCUUUAGUAAGUUCUGGGAUUAUUCCAUCUGUAAAACAGUGCACCCAGACUCUAGGUCAAUAACCAAUCUGGUUGCUCCAGAUUCCCCUGAGACUGACAGAUUAGGGCUAGGGCCUCCCUCCCCCGGAGGAGUCAUCUCUUUCUGCUUCUGGGCUUUGGUCAGAACUGUUAUGAUUUGGUUCAUUUUCUGUUCUUGCCAGGGUAUGGUGUAUGGUCUCUUGCUCUGUGGUUAUUUGUGGCCCACCCAAGAUACUUGGGGUGGUGGCCCAUACUCACAUUGAGGCUGGGGUAGAUUCCCAUGGUUGUGGUGCCACCUCUCUUUCCUUCUCGUCAUAGAAGGAAACAUGCCUCCUGUCCUACGUAUAGGAAGGCUUGGAUUCUCAGGCUCCCUUGUUGCUGAGGCAUAGGAGAAAAGGCUGGCUGCAGAUAGUGGAACUGAGUAUAUGAUACAUUCUGGAUACUUUCUCCCUGUAUUUUUUUAUACACUGAAAAUGGUUAACUGAGACCUUUUCUUUUUUUAUUACCUUUCUUAGUGGAUACUGGUAGAUGGAAUCUUAAGGCAAGUUUCUACUAUCCUUACCACUAAGGUUUCUGCUUUUCUACUGUUUUGCUGGUCCAGUACUGCUGGUCAGGCUGAGAUCUUAGCAUCACCAGAGACUUCAUCUUCAAAAUCCUUGCUUUAGCCCCACUGACAGAAGGGAAGAUGGAAGCCCAAAGAAGGGCAGGACCCCUCCCUUAGCCUGUUAAGUGCUAUGCCAGUUCUCUGGGCCAGGCCUAGGUUGAAGGCCUGGAUUACAUAUCCUUAACAUGGUAAGUGCCACUGUGGCUGCUAAUAUUCUGUCUUAGGCUCUUGCUUCUUGAAGGCUAGGGUGUCCUCCAUGUAGGAUGAGAGCAACAGACAAAACCCACCCCUGUGGGUUGAGGCCAUAAAACCUUCCACACACCAGCAGCCUGGCUUUGCCUUCUAGGCUAUGUAGCCUACAGGGCUGGUGCCAGAAGGAAUAAAUUUUGUCACAUGAUUAUGGCAGUGACUACUCCAAAGUUAGAAAAUGGAAAAAAAUGCAAUAAGAGCAAAUGAAACAUUUUUGUAUGGAUCCUUUUUUUGGUUGUUGUUUUUCAUUAAAACUGAUUCUCUUUUGUA